AUGGUUGGAAAUUUAGAGGAAUUCUUUUUAAUGAAUGUUGUACUAUAUAUUGACACUUUUAAUUCACUUCUGACUUUUUCUACUAUCAACAAAAAAUGCAAACGUGCGAUGGAGCGGCUUCAAAUUAAUCCUCUUGUUGUUGAAAAAACUCGAGAAGUAUAUCACAAUCAUUACGAUGUGUAUUUAUCACAUCACUAUGCCAAAGAUAUGUUAAAACUUUUUUCAAAUAUAAAAACGUUGUAUCUUCCCUCCUAUAGAAUUGAAGUUCCUGAAAGUGUUUUUGGACAUAUCGAGUUUAUUAAAGUUGUGAAUAUGAAUGACAGGGAAUACGAAAUUGAAGAUGACACGAGACUCAAUGAUUAUUCCAAAUUUCCAAUUGUUUCAACUGCGUUUCCGUUUGCUACAAUUCAUCAAAUGAAUAUGACACAAUUUCAAAGUUAUGUAAUUUACUCAAUAGAGACACUCGAUUAUUUAGUUAAAAACAUCGAAAACAUGAAAAAUUUGGAAGACCUCACAAUUGUCGUUCCAGAAGUCGUCGAAGAAACUGGCAACGAAGAAACAGUAGAAAACAUAUCAAUAAAAUUACUUCAAACAAUCAAAAACAAAUUAAAUAUAUUUUUAGAACUACAUAACAUGAAAAUGCUCAGAAUUAUUUCAAGUGGCAAAGGGCAGUUACAACACAUUCUACCGCUUAUUCAGACUAAAGGAGGACUUGUUUUCAAUAAAGUUUUAUAUUUAAUGAACGAAGAAAUGACCGAAGAAGACAGUAAAGUGUUUGAAAAAAUAAAAAUCUAUUUUAAAGUAAUGUUUAUGAAUGUCAAAAAUUAUGACAAAUUUAGUGCGUGGGAACUGCCUAUUUCUUUUUUUAAUAUCAAAACCAAAAUAAAUAUCAAUGAAAAUGAACUUCCAUUUUAUUUAAAAUACUCACUUGAUGCAUGUAAAGGCUUUGAAGAGAUCACAAUAUACAAGAUGUCAGAAAUUGAUUUGGAUUUGUCACAAAUUGAUGUGAAAAAAUUGGCAAUAGAAACCGAUGAAUAUAAACAUUUUAAAAGUAAAAUUGUAAUUCCACAAACACUCAAAUACCUUGUUAUAAAUAACAAAUGUGAAAUGAAGUUUUGUUGUUGUCAAAAUAUUGAAAUAGAAGUUUAUAAAGAGAUGAAAGUCCACAAACUUGUUCCUUUUUCUAUAUGUGAUGCUUUUCAAUUACCUAUAAAAUACGAUAUCCUUCUCAAAGAAAAUGAUUAUAUUGAUUAUUGCAGAGAAAACCCAGACAGUGUUGAGGAUAUACCCAAGUUUUAUGAAAUGCCUCCAGAAGAGCAAAAGAACUACAAAAUAUUUGUUAAAUUAGUCGAAGAACUUGAAAUUCUAAAAACAGAAGAAAAAUCAGUUUUAAUUGCCGAAAAGGUUUUAAUUUUAAAUGUUCCAAAAACACUGACAGAAGAAGUUAAUAUAAAACAAUUGACUUCUUGUGAGUUAAAUUCCGAGUUUUUCAUAUUAAACGACUUGCCAAAUACACUUAGCAGAAUAAGUCUUCGAGAUAUUAAUACAACAAGACUUAAUUUGACUAGAUUUGAUUUAAAAGAACUUUUUUGUGAAAAAUGCAAUUCAUUAACAAUUGACGUGCAAAGUUGUUUAAAGUCGAUUGAUCUCAAAGAGUGUUAUAACCUCAAAUUUACUUGUGAUAAUGGCGCAGCUUAUUUGACGCAUUUUGACGCAUUUCACACAAUUGAGACGAGUGGCAAGAACAUUGUUGUUGAUUAUAACAUCCAAUAUAAAGAGCAAAGUGGACAAGGACCAAGUUGGAUGGAUUCUGUUGGGUUUUAUUUCAAUUAUAUCAAAGGGAUGACAUUCUUGAAUCAGCCGUACACUUGCAGUGCAAAUGGGUAUUCCUCUCCAAAUGUGAAUGAAAAGCCACACAUCCCCGCAAACAUAUUUUGUGAUCUAAUGUGUUGUGGUGAAGUCGUGGGUUCUAUAUGGUACAAAGCAAUCAAAGAAAUCGGCGAUUUUUGCUUUGAAAAUGCCGAUUUUUAUCAUGACCCAAAAGUUGAACUCUCUGAUGGGUUCUCAUACUUUGGAAUUGGCGCGUUCUGUGAAGCAAAAAAUAUUGUGAAAAUCGCACUGCCUUUGGGUAUUAAAAAGUUGCCUUUUAAGGCCUUUUAUAACGUCACAAGUUUGACUGAAAUUGAAUCAAAAGAAAGCCAAUUAGAAAUCGAUGAUUACAGUCUUUUUGGGUGUAAAAAGUUAGUCAAACACCCCAAAUUUGUUCCAUCCAAAAUAGUUCAAUAUUGUGAAAAAUAUUUGAUCAAUUUUUGUGAAUUAAAAACAAUUGAAGUCAAAAGUGGAGUGACCAAUUUAAAAGAAAAAAAUUACUCAAAUUGUACUAUUUUGCAGGAAAUAAAAUUGCCAGCUACUUUAAAAUUUGUAGGAGACAACUGUUUUGUUGGUUGCACUAAUCUUAAAAAUAUCAUUUUUGAAAAAAAUGUCGUGUUUGGAAAACAUUUGUGUUUUGCUAAUUUGGUGCUUUUGGAAAAAUUUGUUCUUCCAACAACCCUCACAAAAAUACGAAAUUUCAUGUUCAAAAAUUGUCAAAAACUUUCUCAAAUUGAAGUGUGCAAUUCAGUAAUUAAAAUUGGGGAUAUGGCUUUUUAUGAAUGUUCUUCACUCACAAAAUUUGUUAUACCAAAUUCAGUAACCAAAAUUGGAUUUAUGUGCUUCAAAAAUUGCACGUCUUUGGUCACUUUGUGUUGUCCAUCAAAUUUGAAAUUGCCAAAGUCAACUUUAAAUGGGACUUAUGCUAAGAUUAUUUCAUUCUAA